UGGUCUUUACAGGUGUGGUCAAUGAACAACAACCAUCCAUCGCCGUGCGCUUGUCAGUUGACACAAAAAGUUUAUUCGUGGUUUCUGUUUUGUUUGUAUUUACACGUUUUUAAACGCAACGCUUACAACAUUUGUGAGAAAUAUAGUUUUCAUAUAAAGUGCAGUACCUAAUUAAGUACCAGUUAAGAAAAACAUUGUGAAAACUGUUGAUGACUCAAUGGGUGACUCUAUGGAGGAGGUAAAGAAGCGUUCUCUGGCUGGACAUGUCGCCAUAGGCUUUUUCGUAGUUGCUUUUGUAACAAUAUUUGUUGCCUUUGCCACUCCAAGCUGGCUAGUGUCAGACUACAGGAUAACAGGUGCUCGAUUAGAUCGUUUGGGGUUAUGGGUCCAUUGUUUCAGAUCACUGCAAGAUCCGUACCACCAAGAUCAAGCAUAUAAACGAUUUUUUGUCGGCUGCAGGUGGAUUUACGAUCCCUUUACAACAGGAUAUGAUAAAAUACGAGGAUUUCUAAUACCCGAUUUUAUGAUAGCCACUCAAUUCUUUUUUACAAUUUGUUUUAUAUGCAUUCUAAUUGCAGCCAUUAUAACAUUGAUUUACUUUUUAUGUUGUGGACCAGAUCAACAACAUUUCAUAAUACUCAUAAUAAUCAACUCUUGGAUUCUACUGAUAGGAGGAAUAACGGGGGGUAUAGCGGUAAUCGUUUUUGCGUCAUUGGGAAACAGAAAUGGUUGGAUGCCUGGCCAUGAAAAUAAUUUCUUUGGCUGGUCAUUUGCGUUGGCUUGUAUUGGUGUAAUUGCGUGUUUGGUAGCUUCGACGCUGUUUUUUGUGGAUGGUCAUAUUCAAAAAAAGAAAAAAAGAAGACUUACAGAAUCCCAAAGCAGGUUCGAAAUGGAACCUGAACAUAAAGGCUGGUAACCAUCUUUUUUAUUUUAGACGAUUGUUCACAUUUUAUAUGACUUUAUCAUUGUUGAACUUAUUAUCAACAUUAACACUACAUUAUUCUAGGUUGAUACUAUUUUUUUAAAGGAAAAAAAUAUAAACCAUAUAUAUAUAUAUAUAUAUAUAUAUAUAUAUAUAUACGAGGAGUGAUCACAAAAAGGUUGACUGAAAUCUAAAAACUGUAUUAUGCCUUCUUCAUUCAGUUUUCUUGGACUAUUUCUGAAACGUGCAGCUCCUUAAUUUCUUAUAAUCCUUCAAUAAAUAAUUCAUAACAUUUCCUGGCUUCCUGCUCUAUCCAGUAUGCUAAUUGCACGAGAUUCUGUGUUUCUUCACAGACCUACAAUAAUCAUCGCCGAUGUUGGUCUAGUCUCGCUUUAUGUAAUCUAUGAGUCUGAGAAUAUUGUUGACAAACUUUACCGUCAUAGUGUGUAACUUUAAAUUUCUUUGACGUUGGUAAUCUAGGGUGUUUGAGGUACCUUGGCACGAGAGACACGACUCGUACAUGAUAUACGUACUGCUUGGUGAUCCGCAUAUUGAGCCACGCGUUUUCAAAUAGGAAACGGUGGCGUUUGGUGUUGAUUGGCAGUUCGCGACUAGCUGGCAUAAAAAAGUCUGAUAUUUUUGACAAUUGUUGUUAUUGAACUUCUGAAAGUUCUGAAUCAGAAUCGGAUGAUGCUGAGGAGGAAAUAUUGUUUUAUUCCUUGACGAGGAAGAAAUUCAAAUCACCUAAUAAAUCUAUUCUAACGAAGAGAAAAAACUGGAAAAUUUAUAAUUACAACUAAAAUUAGUGAUACUGAUUUUGCUAAUUAUUUCUGAAUGAAUCGAAACCAGUCUUCUCUCUGUGUUCCCCUACCGCCUCUAUUAAUUUUUCUUCUGUCAUUUUUUCGUAAAAAAUUAAGGAAAGACUUGCUAGUCACCAACACAUGUGGCAAACUGUGUCCGAACUACAGCGGAGCACGUCUGUGAGCUCGCGCUGCAUAGUCAAUUUGCGUCAAUGUCAAUCUUGUAGGUUAUAAAACUACGUGCUGUGCAGCGUCACCCCACACAUGCUAUACGCGUCCCGAUUUGUGUCUUACCUUUUAUUUUUGAGGACGUGUUGAAGUAUCGUCCCCUGUAAUGAUGUGAUCGAUGAAAUGUUGUCAUAACAGCAACACAAAGAAAUGUGCACAUCAAUCGUGUGGCUUUGUUCUUAUCGGCUAACGUACGUGGAACCCAGAAGGACAGUAUGCUGCACGUUAGCAUAACUCAGUCCUGCUCUGACGAAAUUUCACGCAAAAUUCUCCAUAAAUCAUUUUACAUGAUCACAAAAUCUACGAUUUGACUGUGAAUAUCAGAAGCGGGCAUACUACCAUAAGCGACCAAUAUUUGAACGUCUUUUCAUUUCAUUCUCCCAGAAACGAGUGGAAACUUUUACUACUUACCUGUGCACCAACUGUGCGACAAGUACAAGCAUCUGUCUCUACUCUAGGGAAACAAAAUUUCUCUACAAUAAGUAGUCUUCAGAUACAGAGAAUUUUAAUUUUUUCAUGACAAUUCCUCGUAUAUAUUUAUAUAAAUACGAAAAAUAAAUGUGGAUUAAAGGACGAUACAAAUAAUUUUGUAUUAUUGGUAGAACUAAUCGGUUUAUUAAAAUUUUAGAAGUCGUGAAAUGUCUUCCAAGCGAAUACACGAAUUAACGUUUAAAAUAAAUCAAUAGAACUGUGGUGGAUUUACUAGAGGAACAAGAUGAAAAAUUUCUUCAAAUCUACCUUGAUACUUCUAUUUUUCUCGUAGCAAGCCAUAGUUCCUCUUUAUUUCAAAUUGAGCAAAACUGAACGCGGUUGCUUGUCACAAACGAGAUACUUGGUUUUGUAAUGUCAAUUCUGUCUACUUAUCUUCACGAUUCUUUUCGACAGUUUCUGAUUUUCACCCUAUAAAUUGUUUAUAGGGUGUUUAUUUAUAUAUACAGAACUAUAAACUUUGAACAGUCAAUAAUAUGUUCUUGAAACGAAUUUUCGAUCAAUCAUAUGAAAACGUAAAAUUUAAUAGUGAUACUAUUCACUAAAUUUUAGCACGUUUUUCGUUGGAUAUUUAAUUAUUGCUAUAAAAAAUUGGGAUUCAUAAAAAAUAUAAAUAUUAACAUUUACUGACUGUAGUUAUUUACUUCAUAAUUGCUAUAAAACACCAAUGUGGCAUGUAUAACAUACAAGUUUUCAUCUACAAUAUCAUUGUAUAAAUUUACCUUCAAUAUAAUUAUUUUAAUAUUAAAAACAAAUAGUGACGAAGUUUACAUUUAAUUAGACUAAUUCCAAAGUCAUUUAUGCUAAAAAUACUUGCGUUAAUAUCAUCAAGGUAGGUUUGAAGAACAAAGACAUAUCUCGAAACGUUAUAAGGGUUACUGAUACGACCAUACCAAAAAUUUGGUAAUAUAUUAGUUGAACUAUUAUAAUUUAGUGUUAAUUAUUAUGUAAAAUGUUUCGUCCUUUUAAUUUGUUUUUUAUGAACUAUGAUUACAAUGAAUUAGUUUUAGAUUGCGAGUUGAGUAAUUGAUGACAUUAACAUCAAAGUCACAUGCGACUUCACGUUUAAAGAAAUUGACCCUGACUUCCUUAUUUUAAUUGAUGAAAUUUAAUUUGCGUUUAAACACUUUUUAAACAAAAAUUUCAAAUUCAAUAGCACACUUUGUUCAUUUAGUCAAAAAAGUUCAUGUGGUAGAUACUUUUUCAAAAAUUAAUUGCUCGGUUUGGCAUUUUUUCAUAAAAAUUCUUUCAACAGUGUGAUGGUUAAAAUGGUUGCUUUUAUUUCACAAUUUCUACCAAAUACACGAACAAUUCAAUAAUAUGUUGUCCAUUUUCAAACUAUAGAUAAUUCCUGUGGAAAAUGAGAAAUUUGAACAUUACUUCGACAUUAAUGUUUUUUUAUUUAUUAAUUAUCAAAUAAUACACAGGAUAACUUAGUUUUUUACGUAAUAAAUAAAUUUCCUUCCAAAUAUUAAACCGCAACUAAAAAUACCACUUUAGUGGUAUUAGAACGUCUCUUCCGUAAACCUCUACAGCAAAGGCUCCCAAACUUAACCCAUGGCUCCCUUUCAGUACAAACAUGGCAUGGCGGUACAUUUUUAAUUUCUCUCAUAGUUAAUUGUUAAUAUAUUAUUACAUAGCAAACAUUGAAAAAGAUUGUUGCUACUUUUAUAACACACAAUUCAAGGUUUCUAACAUUUCUCACAGAUUGGUCAGUUGCUGACAAAGUUUACCAAGUUCACUUUGUUCUUACAGAGGUCAAGAAAUAACAAUUCACAAGAGUUGUAAUAAUACACGAUUUACUGACAAAAAUUAAACUUGAAAUAAACAUUAGGAAAACAGAACUAAUUUUCUAAAAAUCUAAAACAUAACUGAACAUAAAUGAAGUGCCAACUUGAAAAAGAUUAUACAGAAAUUAACAAAGUCCAUAAUUUUUUGUUUCAAUGGGAGGGAUGUGCUUGUUUGUCUUUUAUAAGUUCAUUAUACCUAGGAGUAAAUUUUGAUAGAGCAACCCGAAUUUCUUUUUCAAUGUUAAGCUUUGUUCUAUACUUGGAAUUCAUCACUGCAACAGCAGAAAAACCACAUUCGCAAAGGUAAGAACUGGCAAACGGAAUAACAGCACGCAAAGCUUUCUUGCUCAACACUGGAAAUUCGUUUUAAAUACCACUUCAAAACUCAAACAGGGAUUGGGCUUGAAAUUUUGGUUUCAAAGACAAGUCCGUUGAAAUGUCAAUCAUCUGUUCUGCUUCUUCAUUACUUAAGUGCUCAGGCAUUUCAGUUUGAAAAGGGUCGUUUACCCACUGCUGAGCUUUUAUUUCAUCUUUCGGCAGGUAGUCUUCAAAAUAACUCUGUAAUUUAGACAAGUGCUGAGUCAAUUUUUUUCUUCUUUCAGGGUAAAAUUGUUUUCUUGUAGAAACUGGUUUAAAAAUGAAAACAUCAAACAAUCUCCAUUCUUCAAACUUUUUUUCCAAAGCAUAAGCUUCUUCUUGAAUGCCUCAACUUUAUUAAUCGUUUGAAGAAUAUCUGUAUUGUUCCCCUGCAAAGACUUGUUAAAAAUAUUCAAAUGUCUGUCAGAAACGCCAGAUUAAGGGGAAAACUUAGAAAAUGUUUGCACAUAAAAGGUAUGUAAGAUAGUUUGAAAAUUAUUGUCAUAAUAAAAAAAAUCACUUAAAUCCAUGGAUUUGUUGCCGAAAAAAGCUCAAUAACUAAUCUUAUGUCAUUUUGAUGUUACUAAUUCAGAAUUUAAACAGUGCGCCAAAGGCGAAUUCUUUAUUUUCACCAUUUUUCAUAGCUUUAUAAUAAAUAAUUAAAGCGAGGUAUUUCUUAUGGCACAAUUGAAGUACAACUCUUAAAGAAGGGAAUAAGCUUUACCAUUACUGCAAUAACUAUUUUUAAAGCAGAAGUGUUUUUAGUUGUAAAAUGGAUUUUUGCAGUAAAUUAUUAGGUUACCGAAAAUGUAUAUACACCAUUUUGAUAGUCGUGAACCUAUCGAAAUCUGGAAAGUUUCAAUUGAUGAAUAUAAUUAACAAUUUUUCAUUGAAAAAAAUCGAAAUACUCAAUUUGCGACAUAAAAAAUUGACGAAACUUGCUAUACAUUAGUUUUCUAGGUUUUUUAAUACCUACAAUUUCUUUUAUACGUUGAAAUUGAUCCCAGCAUUAGUUUUUUCGUAAAAUAAGAAAAACCAUAAUUUGACCCUUUAUACUGUCAUACAAUCAAUUCGGCCAAAAGUUAUUGGCGUACUAAACCAGAAAGAACAUGUGGCAUCCACAUAUUAAUUUUUUUUGGAAAUCAUCUUUAUUCGAGCAAAUUUGACUGGACUAUAUAUUGGGUUUAUCAAGUGUUAGCAAAAUUGAGUCUGUACUAUUAUAUUAAUAAUAAACAGCAAAAAACGGCUCUCAGAUUUUGCUCUUUCACUUGCUCCAAGUAUUCGGUAACAAUUCUGGUGAUAUGUUGACGAGUAUUAUCCUGCAUCAAAAUAUAUUGGACACCAAUAAAUAGAGCAAAUGAGAUCUCACCAUCUAUGAGUACUUUCUCGGUGUACUUCCGAGCAGCCCGAGCCCCAUUAAUGAAAAUCAAUAGAAAUUUAUUCUACCCCAAAUCAUAACUGAUUUUAUUUUGAAUGAAGUGAUUCGCGAAGAGUACAUUGAUUAAAUCGCUUCCCUGAUAGUCGCACACACACCCUCUCGAUCCUUUUAGUGGUAUUUACUUAAUCGAUACUCAUUCGUGAAUAAAAUAGUUUCCUGUUGUUCUACAGUCCAAUGAGAAUGCUGAUCGGCGAAUAAUCGCCUCUCUCUAUGAAGCCUUUCUAGGAGUUGGAGCCGUGUCGCGGGUCGCCUUGAUACAAUUCCAUGAUCCCUCAUUUUCGCGCCACUUCAAGUCUCUCUGGAACCUCAAGAGCCGUUAAAUGUCGGUCUCUCAAUACCGACAGCGUGAUAAAUGUAUUUUAGAUUCUGGUCUUCUCUUGCCAAGGCAUCAUCUCCGGAUAAACCUACAUUCGUAAGAACCAUUAUUGUGGAUCGAGUUAAAAAAAGACAUAUCUAUUAAUAACUUUUUUAAUAAAUUAAAGAUAUGUAAAUGUGCGAUAGCUGAAAGUUCAAAUUCCGAAAGGUAAAUCAACUUCAAGACAAAAAAAUCUGUCUUUUCUAAUGGUCUAUUAUUCCUGAAGAGAUUAGUUCAAUAGACUUAUAUCCAGUACAUUCUCUGUUAUAACCAAAUUAUCCACAAAAACACAUUACUGACAAUUAGCUGUUAAUUCGAAAAAUAUGAAGUGUCCGGUUUUUUGCUGUCGAGUUAAUAUAACCAACAAAAAAGCAAGUACCAGGUUUCCCAAAUCCAAGGCUUAUAAUUGUUGUGUUAAUCCAUGCAUCUCCAAUAACUACCAAAAAGGCGUCAGUGACGUUUACACUCAACGUGUUUAGGUUAGAUGGAUAUAAAAUUGCCUUUAGCAUCUGUCGUUUUCGUUAGAUAGAACACAAAGACACCCUGUAUAUUUAUUUAUUCAUGGUUAACAUUGAAUAUAUAAGCAAUUGAGACAAAUAUUUCCCAAUAUUUUUCCCCAAUAUUCCCCAAUUGAAACAAAUAAUUUUAUUGGGAAAAUAUUUUCGAUAUAUUUGAAUAGACCAAAAUUUUAUAUAUGAAAUUUUUAAUUAUAUAACACUAUAUUAUAUAAGAAUUUUGUUUUCCAAAAAUCGAUUAUAUUCAUCAAUGUAAUCUCCUUCAAGACCAAUACAAUCAUAUCAACGCUUCUCUAACUUCUCGAUGCCUUACUUGUAGAAGGAUUUGACUUUUGCCUCAAAAUAAGCUUCAGUUUCAGCAAAUGCUUCUUCAUUUGAGCUGAAUUUUUUACCGAUAUCCAAACGGUGGAUUUUGAAGCAAUUUCAAAGUGUAAUUCGUUCAAUUUAACCAUCGUUGCCAUCGACUUGUGAAUCGGUGCAUUAUCUUGGUGAAACAGUGGUUUUUUCUACGACGUAUGAGGCCGUCCAACAACUCUAUAUACUAUUGGCUAUUGAUUGUAUCUCCCUUUUGGAGAUAGUCGAUAAACAAUAUUCCAUGCGCAUCCCAAAAUACUGAAGCCAUAACCUUCCCAGCUGACUGCCUUUGAACGCUUCGGACGUGGUUCACCGGCUGCAGUCCACUCAGAUGAUGAUCGUUUUGAUUCGCCAUUGCGACGCAAAAAACCUGAUUUAUUACGUGUAAACAUGGUCAAACACUGCUCUAUCUCAAGCAAUUUCAUUUUAUUAUUAGAUAUAACCAAUCUGUGGACUUUUUUGAUGUUUUCUGGAGUAGCCACCUCAAUUGGACGUCCAGAACGUUCAUCAUCGGUGACUGUACGACCACGUUUAAAUUUAACAAACCAAUAGCAUGGUUCUUUUCGAUUGAGUUGAGCUUAGAAAGUUUUUUUUUUUCAUCGAGAAGCAAUGUUAAAUUAAUACACGAAAUUGUUUUGAAAAUAACAAAAGUAGCUUCACUUAAAUGGCUCAAUUUCACACAUGGUCUUGUCUUAUGUAUAAUAGAUGUAUAUAAAAAAUCGUAGCUUCCAAAAAUGGCCAACAAUAUUAGUUAUUGAUAUUGUUAACAACGCUUUUCGAUUUUUGAUUGCCUAUUUAAAAUAAGGAAGAAGCGUGAUUCAAGUUCGAAUGAGAACUGUGGUUUUAAAACAUUAAGCUACUAUUGAGAUUAAGAAAUAAUAUCCUUUAUUUUUAGGAUUGUAUAGAUGUCAUUGGAUAGAUUUAAAAUAUAAAUUAACAAUGAGAAUUGUACCCAAUAAAAUAAUGAGUACAUCUUAUGAUCAAAUGUUGAACUGCCUUUUAUAAUAUGUAUUUUAUAAUGUACCUACAUGAUCAUUCCUCCUUAUAUAGAAUCUCCAUUUUGAUGUUUAGUUUAUAAUUAGCUUAUAAAGUUGAAUUAAAAAUUCAAAAAUUAUUUGGUAAUGGAAGUUAAUAACAAAAAUAAAUUUACUCUCUGCCUUUUGGAGUAUUCUACAAUAUUACUUAUUCUCCGUCCAGUUGUAUUAGAUAUAGCAUUUCCAUUUUGACAUUAUUAUUUUUACUUUGUAAUAAGACUAAAGGAAUUGUAAUAUAGUGCCUUUGUAAUUGAAACUCACUAAAUUAACGUUCAAAUAAUGUUUGUAAAUGUAAAUUAAUUGUAUUACUGUUUGAAAAUGUUAUUCGAUUUUAAUUUAAAGUUUAUAGAUUCAUCUAAAUGGAAAUUUCAACUAAGCACUAGUUUAUAUUUUUAAAACGUCAAGUGUGGCCAAAGGAAAGGUUUGUUAGUUAUAUUAGCUUAAAUAAAUCAUGUUUUUCCGAUAAAAUGUUUAAAAGGACAUUUACUAUCUCGACAUAUUCAAAUUUCUAUUGUUUUUACAAUUUUUUUCGUUUUAAAUUUUUCAAUUCGCCCCCUCACAAUUAAUAAACAAAGACAGGAAUCAUUCCUAUAACUAUUUUUGUUUAAUUGAAAACCAAAAUAGAAUGAUGACAAAAACUGUGAAAUUUGAAAUCAAUUUAUAUCUAAUUUUAUUAGCUUGACGUGUUUGACGGUUGCAUUCAAAGCAUUGUUAUUGAAAAAAAAAAUUGCUUUAUUCCUCGAAAACAUUUUUGGAAUCUCGUGUACUGUUCUCCUUUUGUCUUAAACAUUUCACUUUCUAUACAAUUAAUUCUUCACAAACUAAAUUCAAUCCUCCCAUUGAAAAAACUUCUAUUGCUGUGUUUUCAUUGUUCACACGUUUCAGAAUUUCAUAUUGUAGUCUAUAAACUGUAAAUUAGAAUUGUAGUAUAUAAUUCACAUAUUAUUUUUAUAGAUAAUAUUUAAUUUUGAUGUUUUAGUUGUUUACUUCAAGAAGAUUGUUAUAAUCAAAAAAAUAAAUUGUUUUGUUCCCACAAUUUAUGGAUUCAACGAGUUAUAUACUUCAUUUUUGUAUGGUUUUGAUUGUUAAUUAUCUUGUACUUUUGUAAAUAAAGUUUUUUACUG